AUGGCCUCUGCGCGUCCCCAGGAUCCCGUGUGUGCGGAACCACCUCCCCCCGUGCGGGAACUGGCUCGUGCUUACCGGAGACUGCAGCAUCACGAAGACGAACAAACCCCCUUUGACGACGUACAGUACGUGCAAUUCAACGACGCCGAUUACCGUCUCGUCGGUCUUUUCAGCAAGGAUGACCCGGCGAACCCCGGCGAAGGUGGUUGA